UGUUCGGGGCAAGAUAACGACUCUACGUUUGCAGUUCGUGCCGUCUGCACCCGCUGCAGGGAGCCAGGACUCGAAUUCCAGAGGCCAAACGCUGCCCUGUUUUUUUUGUUUGUUUGUUUAUUUUACUUCAUUUUUAAUUUUUUUUUUUUACCGUCACUGAGGCGAACCUGUCAAGGCAGAUGACGUCUUACUCUUACAGUCUCUUCGAACUCUCCCAGACGUCUCUGCCUCUGGUUAGGCCCUCCCUUUUAUCUACACUACACUUACUUUUACACCAUACCCAGAAGAGCCCCUGUCCUUUUCUCUCUCUCUCUCUCUCUCUCUUUUAUUCUAUGGGUGAAAACAAAAGAAAUCAAAUUUGUUUUUUUCCAUGAACCGGGUGGCUAAAACAAUACAUCAUUGUCAGGGCUCUGAGUCGAUUUCCAGUUUUCCUCGUCAGGCUGAGUUCUGCCUGUGUCUGACGUUGGAGCCCAGGAGCGGUGGAAUCAGGCACAAGAGCUGUUUCCCUGGACCAGCAAGUGGGGCCUCCUACCUGUGGCUCUACAUCACCGGGAACAGGCGGGAGAUCAGGAUGAACUAAACAGGAAAUUGACCUGUCCACUUUGGACUAGCCCUGAACUGUUGUUGGUGUCUGUUAUUCUCCCGGGAAACUACAUUUCCCAGCAGCAUAUGCGCUGGUUGAUUUAGUGCCGUGGACUCGAGAGAUUCGCCCACCCCGGGCGGGGGUCUCGGCUUCAGGCUCCUUCCGGGACGCUGAGCUCCGACUUCUGGGACUGAAUCGGGACUGGGGACCGACAGCGACCCACGUGUUCCAUCUGCUUCUCGCGGCUCUUCCGAACAAUACCAGCUUCUAAUCCCUCCCAGGUAGACCGCCAAAUCUGGGACACCCAAAAUCCCUCCGUCGCUAAACACCAUUCCCCCGUUGUUAUUCAGUUACAGGAUCCCAACAGCAUCUUACGAGGUUCAAGCCAUCAGAUGACCCAGUUCUUCAGGACCCGAAGAGAUGCAGUUUCAAUCAGCCAUUGACCCUAGCGAUGGGACCAGACAAAAAUGCAUCAGACACUCCAAACCCCUCGAUGCCCACAAAGUCAGCAGGAAACAGUUAUGAGAGACCGGGCUACGCCCCCAUUCCCUACCCAUUAAGACCCUUAACCCCCCACACCCAAAUUUUUAACAAAUCAAAAAGCAUGGAAAUGUUAUUCUCCCGGGGAACUACAUUUCCCAGCAGCCUAUGGGCUGGCUGAUAGAUAUCUAUCUCACCAGUGUCUGACGUAGAUAUGCCUCUUUCACGCGCAUGCACUGGGAUUCUUUUAAAAUCUGAGAGCACUAUUCCCGGCCACUUCUUUACUGUUUUCCCCUCACUGUCACGUCCCCCCACCCUUAAUAAACUCAUCCACGUGGGUUCGUUUGUCGUGUCCUGUGUCGUCCUUCGUCUCUGCAGAAUAUUAGUGUCUAAUUCGGUUUCUGCACUUAGACCACCCCUAAAACCCCUAACCCUCUAGCGUUUCAGCCUUGCAGCAAAGCUUCACUUUCAAAGGCAAUGAUCCCAGGCUUUCUCACCUUUUGCCCGUAAUUUCUGAAUUCUGAUUGGUGAAUAGGUUAGGUCACAGCCACAUUUCCAGUGGAAGACAAGAGUUGCUUGGACAUAGGGCACUGAGUCUAUAUUCUAUUUUGAGUAUCUAGUAGUUAUUGAGUUAAUGAGUUCAACAAAACUAUCGACUAUUUCGUGGUCCUUAAAGGUAUGUUUCUGUGCCAUGAAUUAUGAAUAUCAGUUGUGUGUCGUUUCUGCACAGUGAAAACGCUACAAACAGAACCAGAGAUGACUUUGCAAAAGUCUUUCCGCAGCCCUGGAGGGGAGGGAGGAUGCUCUCGUCCCUUAGAAGGCUGUGAACCGAGCAUGUCCGGGCAGCAACCCCGUGGCUCAAAAUUCGGCUCAACGUCGACACCCAGCGGCAUGGAAAAGAACUUGCUCGGCUACAGCCCGAGGCCCUGGCGGCCCUGCUGCGCAGGCGCUCUGAGUCACUGAGGCACCGCGCCCGCUCAUCACUGCGCCUGCGCACCCCACUGGCCCGCGGUCUUAAGCAGUGCCAGGCGCAGUGCGCCUGCGCGGCAAGCAGCUGGCGGAAACGCAGGACAGACCUAUGGUGAGGGCCGCUUCCGGUCGGAGCGAAGCUGGGCGUACUGAGAGGGACGUUGAGAGGCUGGAGUUCAAACCAGAGGACUUGCUGCCCCUUCGAUGGCCACCUCACAAGCUUCACAGACCGUCGCAGCUCACGUCCCCUUUGCAGAUUUAUGUUCCACGUUGGAACGGAUACAUAAAAGUAAAGACCGUGCAGAGAAGAUCAGGCACUUCAAGGAAUUUUUAGAUUCUUGGAGGAAAUUUCACGAUGCCCUUCAUAAGAACAAGAAGGACGUUCCGGACUCCUUUUACCCGGCCAUGAGACUUAUUCUCCCUCAGUUAGAGAGAGAAAGGAUGGCGUAUGGUAUCAAAGAAACCAUGCUGGCUAAGCUUUACAUUGAAUUACUGAAUUUACCAAGAGAAGGCAAGGACGCCCUGAAGCUCCUGAAUUACCGAACACCGAGUGGCGCCCGCUCGGAUGCUGGGGACUUUGCGAUGAUUGCGUACUUCGUGUUGAAGCCGCGGUGCUUACAGAAAGGGAGCUUAACCAUACAGCAGGUGAAUGAACUCUUGGACUUAGUUGCCAGCAAUAAUUCGGGCAAAAGAAAAGACCUAGUCAAAAAGAGCCUUCUCCAGUUGAUAUCCCAGAGUUCAGCCCUAGAGCAGAAGUGGCUGAUUCGCAUGAUCAUUAAAGACUUAAAACUUGGCGUCAGCCAGCAAACGAUACUGAACGUUUUUCAUAACGACGCAGUUGAGUUGCACAACGUCACCACGGAUCUGGAGAAGGUCUGCCAGCAACUCCAUGACCCCUCCAUAGGGCUCAGUGAUAUCUCUAUCAGCCUCUUUUCUGCCUUUAAGCCGAUGCUAGCCGCCGUCGCCGAUGUGGAGCGCGUGGAAAAGGACAUGAAGCAGCAGAGUUUCUACAUCGAGACCAAGCUGGACGGCGAGCGCAUGCAGAUGCACAAAGACGGGGAAGUGUAUCGGUACUUCUCCAGAAACGGCUAUAACUACACCGACCAGUUUGGCGCAUCCCCACAGGAGGGCUCCCUCACCCCCUUCAUCCACGACGCCUUCCGGACAGAUGUGCAAGAGUGCAUUCUCGACGGCGAGAUGAUGGCCUACAACCCGACCACGCAGACGUUCAUGCAGAAGGGGGUCAAGUUUGACAUCAAAAGGAUGGUGGAGGAUUCCGACCUGCAGACGUGUUACUGUGUCUUCGACGUGUUGAUGGUUAAUAAUAAGAAGCUAGGGCGUGAGACCCUGAGGAAGAGAUAUGAGAUCCUCAGCAGUACUCUGACACCCAUCCAGGGUCGAAUAGAGAUCGUGCAGAAGAAGCUAGCUCACACGAAGAAUGAGGUGGUGGACGCCUUAAAUGAAGCCAUCGAUAACAGAGAGGAGGGCAUCAUGGUUAAACACCCUCUGUCAAUUUACAAGCCAGACAAGAGAGGUGAAGGGUGGCUGAAAAUUAAACCAGAGUAUGUCACUGGGUUAAUGGAUGAAUUAGACCUCUUAAUUGUGGGGGGCUACUGGGGGAAAGGUUCUCGAGGUGGCAUGAUGUCUCACUUUUUGUGUGCGGUGGCAGAGGCGCCGCCUCACGGUGAGAGGCCGUCUGUGUUCCAUACUCUGUGCCGUGUUGGGUCAGGAUACACCAUGAAGGAGCUCUAUGAUCUUGGCCUGAAAUUGGCCAAAUUUUGGAAGCCUUUCCAUAAGAAAUCUCCACCGAGUAGCAUUUUAUGCGGCACCGAGAAGCCGGAAGUGUACAUCGAGCCUCAUCACUCCGUGAUUGUCCAGAUCAAGGCGGCAGAGAUCGUCCCCAGUGACAUGUACAAGACUGGCACCACGCUGCGCUUCCCCCGCAUCGAGAAGAUCAGAGAUGACAAGGAGUGGCAUGAGUGUAUGACCCUGGGUGACCUGGAAGAGCUGAGGGGGAGAGCAUCUGGGAAGCUUGCCACAAAGCACCUUCAUGUGGGCGACGAUGACGAACCUAGAGAAAAGAGACGGAAACCCGUCUCCAAAAUGAAAAAAACCAUCGGAAUCAUCGAACACUUCAAAGCGCCUAACCUCUCUAACGUGAGCAAGGUUUCUAACGUAUUUGAGGACGUUGAGUUUUGUGUUAUGACUGGGGUGGAGGGCUACCCCAAGCCUGACCUGGAGAACAGAAUCGCAGAACUUGGGGGCUGCGUCGUGCAGAAUCCAGGCCCAGAAACGUACUGUGUGAUCGCAGGGUGCAAGAACAUCAGAGUGAGGAACAUUAUCUCCUCCGGCGAGCACGAUGUCGUCAAGCCCGAGUGGCUGCUGGAGUGUUUGAAAACAAAGACGUGUGUGCCGUGGCAGCCCCGCUUCAUGGUUCACAUGUGCCCGUCAACGAAGCAGCACUUUGCCCGUGAAUAUGAUUGCUAUGGCGACAGCUAUUUUGUUGAUACAGAUUUAGAUCAACUGAAAGAAGUGUUUUCAGGAAUUAAACCCAGGGAGCAGCAGACUCCUGAAGAAAUGGCCCCCGUGAUCGCCGACCUAGAAUACCGCUAUUCCUGGGAUCGCUCUCCUCUCAGUAUGUUUCGGCACUGCACCGUGUAUCUGGACUUGUACGCCGUUCUCAACGACUUGAGCUCCAAAAUCGAAGCAACGAGAUUAGGUGUGACUGCGCUCGAGCUGCGGUUUCAUGGAGCCAGGGUAGUGUCCUGCUUAUCUGAGGGGGUGUCUCAUGUGAUCGUUGGGGAAGAUCGGAGCCGAGUUGCAGACUUCAAAGCUUUCAGAAGGACUCUUAAGAAAAAGUUUAAGAUCCUGCAAGAACGUUGGGUGACCGAUUCAGUAGACAAGUGCGAGCUUCAGGAUGAAAGUCAGUAUUUGCUCUAGCGCUAGCUCUCCAGGGAGCGCAUUGGCACUCACGGUGAAACAGCCAGCGACAUUCAUUUUACCUCUCAAAUACUUCAAACGCGUUCGUUACCCGAAGACAGUAAUUUUUAGGUAGAAAAGACGAAAGAAAAGGACCACCGCUAAAAACAAAGUUCCUAACUUGGCUGAUAGCCAUGACGCACAAGCACAAUGACAGUUUCAGGAGGCCCUUGUGCCGCAGCCAUGCAGAAGCUAGAAUUUGAUUCGAUAUUAGUAAAGUAUGUUUGGAAGCUUUUAGGACUAUCACAGACUCUGGCUUUCUAAACAGAAUUUUCCAGAGUUAAAAAUUGUACUUGUUUUUAGCUAGUAAAAGAAUUAUUCAAAAAAUCCGAGUUACUACAGUUAGACUUAUGAAAGUAAGUCUUUUUAUUCAAGAGCUCAAAUGCCUCCUGGAAGCAUGAACUAUUUUAAUAAGCAGUUUUUUAUGAUUAUGGUCAAAUGAAUUAAUAAGAUUUCUUGAUAAUGUGGGGGAAGUUAAAAGAAGAAUCAUCUAAACCCCGGACAUGAGACGUUGAUUGACUUGAUUACAAAAUAAAAACCUUUGCAGUUUUAAGUUAUCUUAGAUUUAAUCUUUCUGAAGUGGGACAUGUUUCGUAGAGAAAGGCUUUUCAUGAAUGUACACUCCAGCAUUAACAGAGUUCACAGAGCUUGCCUCCUGUUGGUGACCCUCUGAGGAGCUGCCCAUACAGAGAGCAAGCUGUGACGUCACUAGAGAAAGCUUUGACUUUUAGAGAUGGCUUUUAUAGUUAAUUGAAGUCACAAUGUUGUAUAUUAUAUCUGUAUUCAGAAAUGUACUUCCAUGGCAGCCCUGCAAGGGAGAAGUGUGGAACCUGAGGCAAUGGGUAUCAGCUAUCUGAAGCAAUUAGACUUCUUUUUGAAGCAAUUAAAUAAAUGUUUGUGGUUAUGGUAAUUUAAAUAAAAUUAUUAAAUAUUUAAUGUAAUACCAAAAUAAUUAAUGUUCACUUAUUUUAAAGCAUUUCCUCAUAGUUCUUUUAUUCAGAUUUUAUAGUGCUAUUAUACUUUGUGUCUUUGUGUGAGGUGGGUAUCCAGGGUGACCUUGCACUUACAGUAAUGUGACUGUAAGCUCCCAAGUAUUGAAAUUACAGAUGUGAGCCAUCGCUCUGUCUGUUUACUUUCAGACUAGCUUCGUCAUGUUCCUUCUGGAAUCGUUGGGUUUCACAUACCAAAUGAACUUUGACAAUUUAAGAGUGUACUUCUUCAUGUUUAUAGAGGCAUAUUCCAAAGUGCAAGUAUAGUUGAAGGUUUAUAGUUUUCCUACCAAAGGUAAUGUUUGUUUAUGGUGUCCAUGGCAAGGAGCCAUGAAGCCACUGUUCAGGUAGCAAUGCUGAAACUUACUAUGCUUAUUUAUUUCCUCAGUAAGUUGUGAGAAUAUUUGCAGGCCGUAAAAGUUGCCUCACCGCCUCACUGCAGGCUAGCACUGGAAGGGACGCACCUCCUGGACGUCUUAACCUGGGCCAGCACUGAGUGAGCUCCUCUCAUUCCAUCCACUUUUCCUCAUCCCGUCAAGCGGUGCGGUGGAUCUGUUACGAGGUCAGCGUGCUUGUGUGAUGGCUCUAAGUUUGGUUGUCAGUUUGACUGUCUCUGGGACCAACUGAAACACAGGCUGCUGGGCACUCCUGUGAGGGGUGUGAGGGGUUAAACAGGAAGACUCCCCCUGAGUGUGGGUGACACCUGGUGGCAGUCCAGAUGACAGGACACGGAAGGUGGACACAGUUCUUCCCUCACUGUCGCUGACAAGCUCAUCUGUCCCUUGCCUGUGUUGGAACCUGCUUCUUCAGGAUCCUCGCGGAGGCUGAAGACCAGCAUUCCAGGAAUCCCCCAGGGCCAAACAGGGACUGCCGAGACAUCCAGCUUCAUAGACCAAGUAACUUCUAGAUUCACAGCCUCCUGUACGAGGUGGCCAUCCUUUGCCAACCUGAAAAAUGUCCUGUACUUCAGCCCAGUAAAUCUCUUUUUAAUACGUGGA